AUGAACAUAAGCAACAACUUAAGACAGCUGAAGUUCAUGAAAGCGCCAGAGAAAGAAAGCACGGAAAUAAAGAAGAGAGAGACUCUGGGCACGUGGCUCCUCAGAGAGAUCACAAAAACAAAAACCUCAAAGAAAACAAAUACACUUUAA